AUGCAAUCAACCGAAAUUUAUCCACAAUUACCAUCUCCCGAGAUGGCAGUGUCAGAUCAGGUAGAAGGAGAAGUAUCCUUGUCACCAUCACAGUCUCAGUUGAUGACACCUCCCCCGACUUCCGAUUUACAAAUAUUAUCAAACGAGCAAGAACACAACAUGGAGUUGGAUGCUACAGGAGCCGAUGGAUACAAUAAUGUAUGCAUGUACAUGUCUAAUGAUUUUGGCGCUGAUGCAUUGAUAGAUCAAUUCGAUUAUAUUCCAACAUGCGAAGAACUUUGCCAAACACUAAACAACUGGACGGAUUCAUAUACGGCAGAACAAACAAUUUGUUCUUCGUGUGGCCAACCAUUUGUAGAAGGCACUUUAUGGUGCAUAACAUGCGACGACGCUGAUCAAAUAAUAGUCGACGACACAUGGACAGAAAAUGCAGAAAUAGUUGACGAUUCAAAUGAUACGAGUCAACAGUUAGAAGUGUUCGAUUAUAGUCAAUUCCUCGACCCCUCUGUGGAUGUCAGCGACAUUGAUCAGAAGAAAUGGGUUGAAUUGCUUGAAAGUGGAAUGUUCUCGAACACCGAAGGAGGGAGCGAAGAAGAUAUAAACAAAAUAGGGCACUUUGUAUGUGAUUCGAAUAUGUAUGCAUUUGGAUCGAUUUAUCCGGUUGAAACAUCAAUUUAG